GCAUUCGGACUAGAAUAUCGAAACUAAGCAAACUAAUCAAAAUGAAAUUCGCAGUGGUUGCAUUAGUAUGCAUGGUGGUUGGUGCUAACGGUGCGCUCACGACUUUUGGAUCGCCUUUCGGGUCACCUUUUGGAUCGCCCUUCCGUGGAACACCCGUACGGCCCCGUCCCGUACCGGUGGUACCUGAACCUGUACGAGUGGUACCCAGGGUUGCUGACGCUCGCAAUGCCGCCAUUUUGAAAUCUGGCAACGAAAUCAAUCCCGACGGCAGCUAUAGCUACUUUUAUGAAACUGAAAAUGGUAUCGCUGCCCAGGAGCAGGGUGUGCCCCGCAACUUUGGUGGAAACCCCCCUGUAGUCCCUGAUGUAGCCCAAGGCUCAUUCUCGUGGACCUCACCCGAGGGUCAAGUAGUCUCCAUCACGUAUGUCGCCGACGAGAAUGGAUAUCAACCCCAGGGCUCAGCCAUCCCUACUCCUCCACCAGUGCCCGCUCAAAUCGCUAGGGCUUUGGAAUACAUUGCCAGGAACGCACACUAAAUAAAAAUAUUCAAUGGACCAUGUUCGAAGCUAAACAAUUGUGAUACUUGACACCGUAAAUUUAUCGAUAUUUUAAUAGACGCUCAUUCUUCGAGUGCCAGUUUAGGAUAAUAAAAUUCUAU